AUGUUCAGUGGACGACGAGGUUACCAAGAAAUACUCGGACUGCUUACAGACUCGGGUGGCACAAACGCCCACGCUGAAGAUGUGGUAAGCACGGCACUUACACGGGAUGUGAAACAACAUAUCGAAACCAGCAGCGGUAAGGCUGCUCCUGGUAUCUAA